AAAACCAUCAACGCCUUAGUUUUUGAUUUUGAAGAAGAAAUUGUUGUCAGCAUCAUUAGAUCUUGUGUGAGUAUAUUUGAGAGUCAAAUCAGCAUGAGCGGUUUGGAAAACCGCCGUCUGUAGUGUAGCGGUUUUGUCUCCAGAGCGACCUCUUCUCUAUAAAGAGGAGGAGAACUUCCAUGGAAUGAGCCACAAAACCACCAUCGAUCAUUUCCAUUUCCAUUUUCAGGAGAGAUCCACAUCGCCGUUGGCCUUUCAUCCAGUGAGUGAGGGAGGGAGAUCUCGAUCUCGGUCUCGCGACAUGAAGAAGGCUUCGUCUCUGUCGGAGCUGGGGUUCGACGCGGAGGGCGCGUCGUCGGGGUUCUUCCGUCCGGUGGCGGACGGCGGGUCGACGCCGACGUCGCACCGGCGUCGGCUGACGAAGAUAUCGGUGAUCGGCGCGGGCAACGUGGGGAUGGCGAUCGCGCAGACCAUCCUGACCCGGGACAUGGCGGACGAGAUCGCGCUGGUGGACGCGGUGCCGGACAAGCUGCGCGGGGAGAUGCUGGACCUGCAGCACGCGGCGGCGUUCCUCCCCCGCGUCCGCCUCGUCUCCGACACCGACCUGGCCGUCACGCGCGGCUCCGACCUGGCCAUCGUCACGGCCGGCGCGCGCCAGAUCCCCGGGGAGAGCCGCCUGAACCUGCUGCAGCGGAACGUGGCGCUGUUCCGGAAGAUCGUGCCGGCGCUGGCGGAGCACUCGCCGGAGGCGCUGCUGCUGAUCGUCUCCAACCCCGUCGACGUGCUGACGUACGUGGCGUGGAAGCUGUCGGGGUUCCCGGCGAGCCGCGUCAUCGGCUCCGGCACCAACCUCGACUCCUCCAGGUUCCGCUUCCUCCUCGCCGAGCACCUCCAGGUCAACGCCCAGGAUGUCCAGGCGUACAUGGUGGGAGAGCACGGGGACAGCUCGGUGGCGAUAUGGUCGAGCAUGAGCGUGGCCGGGAUGCCGGUGCUCAAGUCGCUGCGGGAGAGCCACCAGAGCUUCGACGAGGAGGCCCUGGAGGGAAUCCGGCGAGCGGUGGUGGACAGCGCGUACGAGGUGAUCAGCCUCAAGGGCUACACCUCCUGGGCCAUCGGCUACUCCGUCGCCAGCCUCGCCGCCUCCCUCCUCCGCGACCAGCACCGCAUCCACCCCGUCUCCGUCCUCGCCUCCGGCUUCCACGGCAUCCCCCAAGACCACGAGGUCUUCCUCAGCCUCCCCGCCCGCCUCGGCCGCGCCGGCGUCCUCGGCGUCGCCGAGAUGGAGCUCACCGAGGAGGAGGCCCGCCGCCUCCGCCGCUCCGCCAAGACGCUCUGGGAGAACUGCCAGCUGCUCGACCUCUAAUAAAUCUUAUUAUUAUCAUCGUCGUCGUCGUCUCGUCACGGAAUUAAUUAAAGUACCUACUCCGUACUUAGCUAGCUACAAUAAUAAGGAUUCAUUGAUCACUACAAGAGUGAUCGACUCGACUGUAGUAUGUGUGUGCAAUAUAAUGUGCUGUCUAUCAACAACUACUAGUAUUGUCAUUUUUUUCGAACCAGGGAACUUUUUAAUGAUAAGAAGAAAAAGACAAGUACUUAUUGUCGAGCA